CCACAGCCGCUGCCGCUGCCGAUUCCGGAGUCCCGGUAGCUGCCGCCGCCGCCGCCGCCGCCGCCGCUGCCGUCCGUGAACGCCGCCUUGGGAGUGGGCUUGGGAAGGACGCGGUCGCCGCCCUCAGAGCUUCGUAGGAAGCGUCUCUGCCCACCCCCGGCAGUCCUCCCACGGUUCUGGCUGGGCUUCUUGCACUCUUCUCUCCUAGCUUUUGAAUGACCAUGGACAAAAGUGAGCUGGUACAGAAAGCCAAACUUGCCGAGCAGGCUGAGCGCUACGAUGACAUGGCUGCAGCCAUGAAGGCUGUCACAGAGCAGGGUCACGAACUCUCCAACGAAGAGAGAAACCUACUCUCUGUUGCUUACAAGAAUGUGGUGGGUGCCCGCCGUUCCUCGUGGCGGGUCAUCUCCAGCAUUGAACAGAAAACAGAGAGGAAUGAGAAGAAGCAGCAGAUGGGCAAAGAGUACCGGGAGAAGAUCGAGGCGGAGCUGCAGGACAUCUGCAACGAUGUUCUGGAGCUGUUGGACAAAUAUCUCAUUCCCAAUGCUACACUGCCAGAAAGUAAGGUGUUCUACUUGAAAAUGAAAGGCGAUUACUUUAGGUAUCUUUCUGAGGUUGCAUCUGGAGAUAAUAAACAAACCACUGUGUCAAACUCCCAGCAGGCUUACCAGGAGGCGUUUGAAAUUAGCAAGAAAGAAAUGCAGCCUACACACCCAAUUCGACUUGGCCUGGCACUGAAUUUCUCAGUCUUUUACUAUGAGAUUCUAAACUCUCCUGAAAAGGCCUGUAGCCUGGCAAAAACGGCGUUUGACGAGGCGAUUGCUGAGCUGGACACACUGAAUGAAGAGUCUUACAAGGACAGCACCCUGAUCAUGCAGCUGCUCAGGGACAACCUCACCCUAUGGACGUCGGAAAACCAGGGAGAUGAAGCAGAUGCUGGGGAGGGAGAGAACUAAUGUCUGUCGUGCUUUGUGAUCUGUUCAGUGUCACUUUGUACCCUCCAUAUUAUGUCCCUUUGUGCGAUAAAAAAGUUUUUUUUGAAUGUUGACCUUGCGAUUUUUCACAGCCUCAGCCUAGCAAAAAUGGUCCAUGGGAUAAACAGCUGGUAUUUGUAUCUAAAACUCAGACUGGUCACAUAAAUGCCACUGCAUUCUGAUGUUUUGAGUUUGAUCGGUAUUGACAGGAUUACUGUGUGUUUAAUUUUUUAAAACUGAACACUGUGAUUAUGAGGUUUUGUGACUUAGCAGAACUCUUACUGGUAGGAAAAAUAGGCCUGAAUUAUGUGUAACUUUUUGGAAAGUUUAAUCUGAUAUCAAAAUAGUCACUGAAAUACCAUUCUGUUGUAAAGUUGUACAGAAAGUUAUAGAGAUUAUAUAGUGCCGCUGGGACUUGGAGUGAGACACUUAAUGUUAGGCAUCCGAGGUUAGUGGUAAUUCACAGUAAUUCUGCCUGUGGUUAAGGGCUUACAGAUAGACACUUGGCCAUUUGGGGCUGUUGUCACACAAGUUCAUGACCUCAAAUGUCUACAGUGUCUUUCCAUGAGAAAAUUCAAAAUGUGAAAGUGAGAUUCUUGUGGCAGAUAGCUGGGCUGUGACAGCACAGAAGGCCCAUGCUCACGCAGUUAGGUGUGUGUGACUGACCCCCUUAGCUACAGCAGUGUGAUGGGCAACUUGUGAAAACAGAGGGAUCUGUUUCUGUUUUAUUCCCUUGCUGAAGUGAGGAAGGAAAGACACGUGUAUUUCAUGAAUGGCUGUAUCUGUUUUCUUUUGUAAUACCUUUGGAAAUAAUGUUGUGUAGAGACAGCCUCUCACAAACUCAAGUAAUCUUUGGGAUCCUUCUAACUUGAAGGAUAUAAAUUUUGAAAUUUAGCAUUCUUUCCCAUCCUUUUGACUGUUGACUUCUGUUUUUCUCUCUUCCUUUAAACUUUAGCUUUCUGCUUCCUUGCUUUCUUUUGGAAGCCUGUCUGUGUCUGUCAUUUGUUCACUUUUACUGUAUGGGCAGAGGGUGGGAGACACUGGUGAGCAAACCUUGCUUGGAGAUACUGAGAUGUGCUUCCAGCAUCCCGUCUUCCCCAGUUCUCAGCACAGCUGUCGAUCUUCAGUCAGACCAUGACCUGAAUCCCAAAGUAUGUUUAAGUAUCCAUAAUUUCUCUCCCUGUAUUGCAACCAGUCCUGAUGAUGCUUGUUAGUACCUGUCACCAGAUCUCCCAAGUGUACCAUUCACCCAGGUCAGUUUUAUAUGUGUCUAGACAUCACCCUAGAACACAGGGAAGUUGCAUGGACAGUAUAUUGAAGAGAAUCAAGAACAGCCAGGCCUGUCAGUCCACAGCAUCACCCCUUUCUACCUUUGACAUUCCAUGUAGCUUAGAGUCAUCUGUUUGUCUAUCUGCUGAAAUGAGGAAAAAAAAAAAUCAUGCACUGAUUUAAAACAAACCAAAAAAUUAAAAAAAAAAAAUCCCCUCCUUUCUAGCUGAACAAAAAUGUGCAGUUAAUACUUGGCGCUUGAAAAUACAGCAGUGAAGUGGAAGCAAGCCUGUCUGUUUUUCCUUUUACCAGUAUUCUGCCUGACGUUUGCUUCUGUGAUGGUUGUAUUGCCUAGCAAGCACACCUGUGGUUGUGAAAAUAGUAUAGCAAAAAAGAAAAACCCCCAGUUACCGAUGUGCUAGAUUUGUGUAUGUCUUUUAAACAGUUCUAGUUUCACCUUACACAGAAUAAUCAGGAAAAAUGUAAAAAUUCAAAAGUGAAAUAAAGAAUUUUAUCAGUUA